AUGACUGCUCCUACUGCUGAAGUUCCAACUGCCAUUGUUCAACAAGCAUAUACUGAAGUCUCAACUGCUUCUCAACAGAGUCAACUAGUAACUGCUGGUCAACCUGUUGUUGCUGCUGCAAGACAUGCUGAACCAGUUCCUCCACCAAGAGCUGAGAAGAGAAAGCAACCUGUUGAUGUUGUUGCUGAUCAAGCUUCUCCAGUUGUGAAGAAGAAGAGAACUCUUAUCAAAGUUGUUGAUAAAGGGAAGGCUCCUGCUGAAAAAUCAGUUGGAAACCAUCAUGACCCUUCCUCAGCCAGGGAAUCUACCUUCGAUGUAGGAAGUAUUUCUCCCUGCCGCCUAGACCUCACUCACGAGGGAGAUGGGCCUUCAUCCACUUUUGAGCCCAUCCCCAUUCCGCAUGACGUUGAUCAAACAGCUAGGUUGAUCUUGGAGGGCCUCAAUCUUACAAACGCCAUCAACUCUUCCAUUCACUCUCGACUUAUCUCGGUCGAGCAGAUCACUAAUUAUUUGGCGCCUCCUCGACGCUCCCCUAGGUCGUCCUCUCGCAGCCCCACGAUGGAGAGGCCUCCUAGCCAACGGAGUUCUGAGGAACCCCGCGCCUCUAGACGGGACCACAAAUCCCAUUCUCUUUCCCCAAGAGAGCGUCUUCCUAGCAACCGUAAGAAGACCCGAGCCAUUCAACGCUCUGAAGUGUCUCCCACCUCUCCUCGCAGGUCGAGCAGGCAAGCUGAAAAUCCCCUGAUCUUUGCUCACAGAUCAGGGCGACGUCAUCAAUCUAGCUCUCCACCCUGGAGAUCGAGCAUGAAGAUGAUUCGUCACUCCCGCUAUUCAUCUCUAGACUAG